GUGAAGGUGGAGGAAGAAGGUGGGAGGUGGUUGGCUAUGGCGGAUGGGUGUAGGUGAAGGUGGAGGGAAGAAGGUGCAAGGUGGUUGGUUAUGGGGGAUGGGUGUAGGUGAAGCUGGAGGAAGAAGGUGGGAGGUGGUUGGCUAUGGUGGAUGGGUGCAGGUGAAGGUGGAGGAAGAAGGUGCAAGGUGGUUGGCUAUGGUGGAUGGGUAAGUCGAUAGUCCUCCUCUUCUAUAUUCUUAUGAGGACUAUGCUGGCCGGCUCGUUCCUACGUUGGGUUCUCAUGCUCAAGGACAAGACGUGUGCGCGACAUCUUCUCCGUCCGGCAGCGGUGACUUAUCGUCUUCAAGUGGUUCUUCACGGGAUUCGGCGCGCGAGUUCAACAUAGAGGUAUUGGACCCGCUCACAUCUGAGGAUUUCACAUGGCUUCCUCUCCCGACCACUGGCCGCUUGCCGGGAGCGCAAUGCGCAACACUAUGCGCUCAUCUUCACACAUACUUAUCCUUCUAUGCACCACCAACUUCGCCGAGGGAUGACGGAGUUGCGGUGGGGGACAUCCUUGCGUAUGUUACCAAGGUGGACCGCGAGUUUUGCACGCAGCGGUACGUUGUCAACAACGCACCGCUCCUUUAUGUCCGCAUCCAAGUUGGGCAAGCAUCCUACAGCGCUUUGCUGGAUAGAGGAGCGACUCACAAUUUCAUGAGCCAAGCCUUUAUGCAAAGGACUGGCCUUGGCGCACAAGUUCGGAGGAAGGUAAACCCGACGGCGAUCAAGUUGGCGGACGGAAGGACGCAACAACUUAUCGACCGUUACUUCGAGGCUGCACUGGGGUAUUUCGCACCUCAUGCAUGCGAACCGGUGACGUUUGACAUUUUGGACACGGACUUCGAUAUCAUUUCGGGAAUGCCUUGGCUUGCAAGUGCGGAUCACACGGUCAACUUCCACCGGCGGACUCUUACCGUUCGGGACGCCUUCGGCGCCGAAGUGCCGUGUGCUAUUCCUCUUCCACAGCCUUCGAUUCGGUGCCAAGUGCUGACGGCCAAGUCGAUUCUUCCCCCACGGGCUUGUCUUCGGACCCCCGUGUGGUGCGGUUGCUUGACGAGUUCACCGACAUCUUCCGGUGUGGUGCCGGAUCGGCCGACGAUCUCUCAUGAAAUCAUUCUGGAGACCGGUCCCGUGCCGCCGAAAGGCUGCAUUUACCGCAGCUACGACAACAAACCGACCAAAUACUUGACCACGUCAGCAGGCUACAUCAGCAGGACACGUCAGCAUUGCCACGUCAGCAUUGCCACGUCAGCAUUGCCACGUCAGCAGCAAGGGAUACCACAUCAGCAGGCACUGGUCUGGUCUAUGCUGUUGCGUUCACAGACAACAGUCAUGGACCAGAAGGCCGGGGAAACAGACGAGGCCUAUCAGGCCCGCAUGUUAGCCUGGAGUACCGAGACAAAGAAGCGAGCAGAUGACGCUGCCGCAGCAGCCAAGAAAAGGGCAGAAGAUGUUGAACAGGCACGUCUGCUGGCCAUGCAACAACAGCGCCAGCACGACGAGGCAGCAGCAAGGGCCGCCGAUGAAGAAAAAACACAGCGUCGUGAGAAGAUAUUCACCGGAGAGCGGGCAUUACUUACCAUGGCAGCAGAAUGGCGAAGCGAGGCCGAUAACAGCCAGUUGGAGGACARSGCAAACAAGAUAGCGCUCCUCCUCUCGUAUCUCACGGAUCUCCUGGCAACCUGCAUUACGCAGCAGGCGGAGAUCCUUGGUCUCGACAACUCGGUAGCUCAGCUCCAAGACCGCCUUCAACGGGUGGAGCAGCGACCAGUCGCCGCCGCYGACRCAGGCUCUUCCAACACUGCCGACUGCCUCACCGCAUUGGAGAUGCACGUCGGCUCCCUCCAGGACGGCGCACAGUUACAGAAGACCGCGACGCAACAGUUGCAGCAGCGGAUCUGCACUACCGCCACCACCUCGAGUCCGGAGCCGCGCGAGACAGCUCCUAAGUUCGAUGGGCAGGAGAUCUUCCACGACUCAAUCAAGAYAGAUCCAAUUCCAUGGUUUCGCAAGUUCGAGCUCACGCUGCAGCUCCACAACGUCAAGGAACACAAGCAUCACGCCUACUUGURCUCUCGCUCAGGGGGCGCGUGUCAGGCUUGGUUGGACAACCUGUUGUCCAAGUACGGAGUGGUAGCUAACGACUUGCACACCAAGAUCACUUGGGAUGAUCUGAAGGCAGCGUGGCACAAGCGGUUCCAGGUGGAGCCGCCGGAGAUCAAAGCCAUGGACAAGCUCAUGGUCUUCGAGCAAGGCACGCUGCCGAGUACGGACUGGAUMGUCGAGUACCAACGCUUGACGUCAGUCCCAGACAUCCARAUGGGCUUCAAGGCCAUCCGCCACUACUUCAUCUCAAGCCAAAUCAUUCUGGGCAACUUGUGCUUACGAGCAGCCCGAGGAGAUCAGCAUAUGUUUCCUACGGACCGUCGCGGCAGCCGACUCUUCACCCACGGACUUGUCUUCGGACCCCCGAUCUCGAUUCAGCCAAACGACCGCUACAAAACCGCAUUCAAGACGCGGUACGGGCAUUUUGAGUGGGUGGUCAUGCCUUUUGGCCUCACCAAUGCCCCGGCGACGUUCGAGGCGGCGAUGACCAAUGAGUUAUGUGCAAUGUUGGACCGGUUCGUUCUGGUCUACUUAGACGAUAUUCUUGUCUACAGCCGGACAUUGGAGGCUUAUCUUGGACAUCUUCGACGAGUGUUGGAGACGCUCCGUCGUGCCAAGUACAAGGCCAACCGCGACAAGUGCGAAUUUGUCCGGCAAGAGCUGGAAUACUUGGGCCAUUUUGUCACACCGGAGGGCAUUAGUCCGCUAUCGGACAAGAUUCAGGCCAUCCAAGAGUGGCCGGAGCCUCGGAACGUCACGGAUGUCCGCUCGUUCCUCGAUCUGACCGGCUACUAUCAGCGCUUCAUCAAAGGCUACUCCAAGAUCGUGGCCCACUUGAACAAACUUCAGUGCGAGGAUCGGCCGUUUGACUUCGGAGAAGAGGCGCGAGGAUCAUUCUUCGCUCUCAAAGCCGCGCUAUUCCAAAUCAUUCCGGGCAACUUGUGCUUACGAGCAGCCCGAGGAGAUCGGCAUAUGUUUCCUACGGACCGUCGCGGCAGCCGACUCUUCACCCACGGACUUGUCUUCGGACCCCCGAUCUCGAUUCAGCCGAACGACCGCUACAAAACCGCAUUCAAGACGCGGUACGGGCAUUUUGAGUGGGUGGUCAUGCCUUUUGGCCUCACCAAUGCCCCGGCGACGUUCCAGGCGGCGAUGACCAAUGAGUUAUGUGCAAUGUUGGACCGGUUAGACGAUAUUCUCGUCUACAGCCGGACAUUGGAGGCUUAUCUUGGACAUCUUCGACGAGUGUUGGAGACGCUCCGCCGUGCCAAGUACAAGGCCAACCGCGACAAGUGCGAAUUUGUCCGGCAAGAGCUGGAAUACUUGGGCCAUUUUGUCACACYGGAGGGCAUYAGUCCGCUAUCGGACAAGAUUCAGGCCAUCCAAGAGUGGCCGGAGCCUCGGAACGUCACGGAUGUCCGCUCGUUCCUCGAUCUGACCGGCUACUAUCAGCGCUUCAUCAAAGGCUACUCCAAGAUCGUGGCCCACUUGAACAAACUUCAGUGCGAGGAUCGGCCGUUUGACUUCGGAGAAGAGGCGCGAGGAUCAUUCUUCGCUCUCAAAGCCGCGCUAUUGUCUGCGGAGGUCUUGCGAAUCUACGACCCGCUCGCGCCUACACGUAUCGCCCUUGGGUGCGUGAUUUGGCAUACUAUGAGAAGGACAUCACAGACAAUUGUUGGUCACAGUGAAGAAGACCUUUACGUUGGAUCAUCUCUGGAUUGCAAGCGAAGACCAUCUACAGGAAAUUGACGUGUUUGGGAAAACAUGGUCACCAAUUAUUCAUGCAUCCAUUUACGAGUACUCAUGGCGAGACUGUGCACUGACGCACAGACAUGGGACAAAAGAGUAGCAGUUCGACUCAGCAUCAUCCCAUCUCUGUCUACCUGUUACUCCUGUUUUCGCUUCACUUCCUCCCCAUGCGUACCUAUCUGACCUCAUUUUCCCCAGGCCUAUAUUGUCCUCCGCAUGAGCAAAUGGCGUAGGUUCGUCUUUCUUUCUCCUAACAAAGACAUGAAGGCAGA